CUCAGCAAGCGUUGAUCAGCAGUUAUUUGACAACAGAAGUAUGUUACUGAGCAAUAAGACCGCGGUGAUUACAGGCGGAGCUAGUGGGAUUGGUUUGGCGACAGCGGAAGAGCUUCUAAAAUGUGGUGUUUCGAAAAUUCUUCUUCUGGAUCUCGGAACCACUUUAAAUUCUGCCCAGGAAACUCAUCUGAAGGCGCACAACCCAAAUGCCACCGUGUUCUACGCCCAAUGCGAUGUAACGAAUAAGACACGACUGGAGACGAUCCUUCGUCAGGAUGCUAUUCAAUGGUUGGGAUCGAUCGACAUUUUGGUGAAUUCAGCCGGUAUAUUCGACAAUGAUCCUGCACGAUGUAUUGGAACUAAUUUGAUAGGUUUAGUCGACUGCACAUUCAUCGCGGUGGACUUGAUGAGCAAAACGAAAUCAGGCAACGGGGGUGUUGUCGUUAAUAUUUCCUCUAUUGCCGGGUUGGAACCUUCCCCACUUUGUGCUGUGUAUGGUGCUUCAAAGUUCGGAGUUACCGGUUUUACGAGAUGCUUAGGGUCGGAGGCGCUGUAUAACGAAACGGGCGUAAAGGUGGUUGCGAUUUGUCCUGGCGCGACAAACACUAAUAUUUUAAAUGCAGCUCUUUCGGACGCAGCCGCUCUGAAGAUGUUGGAAAAAAUGACUGUUCAAGAACCAAGUGUCGUCGCCAAGUGCGUUGUUAAGGUGAUCACGGAAGGUGAAACUGGAUCGGUUUGGGUUGCAUCUGACAAUAAAAUUGCCCAAGUUCACUUCGAGGCCAACAAGUUUUUGACGUGAACUGUAAUAAAAUUAAUCACUUUCAUCGCUUUUACUUAAUUGUCAUUAUUAUUUCACCAAACGAAUAAAAAAGAAUCAACGCUCGUUACUGAUAUGUGUUGUUCAGUAAAACUUGUUUGAAUAUAUUGAAAAAUGAUUUAAAUAAGAAAAAUCAGAAUCAAUCAAGCUUAUAAUUUAGGGCAUUUAUGAAAAACCUAAUGGAUUUCUAAAAUUCCCCUUAUG